AUGACAGACAAGAUACUUUGGACAUAUGUUGUCCUAGAUCUACUCUUUGUGGGUUCUGGGGCGUUAUUGCUCGGAUUUGCCUUGACAACGAAGGCUGGUACUUCUCAGGCUCCUACCAUUGCGAGUGUUGCGACGAAUCUUUUGUUGCUGGGAACACCUUUGACUGCCGCCAUCGUCAACGCAGCCCUAAUCUUCUUCUCCUUCCUCCUUUCCAUUCCCGCCAUGACCCUCAGCACCACCCGCGGCUGGCUCAAAGUUCAUGGCUACAUGGUCGUCAUCUGCGGUCUCUUCACACUGGUCAUCGGUCUCGAUAUUUGGUUCGGUACUCUCCGCUCCAAGCAAAAUCUUCUUGAUACGUGGAAUCAGCAAACACCGACGACCCAGAGUCUAUUGCAGGAACAAUUGAGUUGUUGUGGCUACUUUAACAGUACGAGCGCUCCUGCUUUUGUUACGGAUGGGACGUGUCCGAAUGCUAUUAUCGCGGCUACGAUGCCGGGGUGUAGUGCGGCUUUUGUGAAGUUGGAUGGGCUGUUCUUGGAUGUCAUUUUUACCGCAGCUUUUGGAAUUGUUGGUGAAGGAGGAUGGGAAGUUGACCAGAGGGAAAUCAAAGGGUGUCUCGAUGUAGCACUUAUAUUCGGUAUUGCGAUGCUUAAUAAGGAUCGUAAGGAGCGGGAACGAUAUAGGUUUAUUGAUGAGAAGAAUGGUACGGGGGCUUUUUAG